AUAUAUCCAAGUUUUUACCGUGCAGUCUGAAUCAAACUGUUAUAAACCUCAAAUCUCAUUUAUAUUUUUUGUUAACAAAAACCAUAAAUAUAAUUUAUUUCUUUUGUUUUUCAUUUAUAUUAUUUCACACAAUUAAACAUGGAAAUUCAUGUUCGAGAUUUUUCAGCACUAAAAAAUUUUAAAUUUGACGAUGAACGAGUAUCAACAAUUACAUCCCGGGAACAGCAAAAAACAGAAGGCAGUGUUGAAAAAUGUUUCGAUAGAUAUCAACAAUACAUGUCCUAUCAGUAUCACUCGCCAAAUGUAACAGAAUUCUAUCGGGAAGAACACCAGCGCUAUGUGGAGGCAUACCUCCGACGAUUGCCAACCAAGUACGAGUGCCUCGACUCGAGCCGUCCAUGGAAUGUUUAUUGGAUUCUAAAUGCAGCCCAUUUGUUAUCUUCUCAUUUUUCUGAAGAAAUUCUUGGACAAGUUGUUGGUUUUUUGGAAAAAUGUCGAUCACCAAAAGGUGGUUUUGCUGGUGGACCAGGACAAUAUGCACAUUUGGCACCCACCUAUGCCGCCGUCAAUAGUCUCUGUUUAAUUGGAACAGAAGCAGCAUAUCGUGCUAUUGACAGAGACUCUUUGGUGCAAUUUCUUUGGUCAAUUCGAGAACCAGAUGGUUCGUUUAGGCUGCAUGUCGAUGGCGAGACUGACGUCCGAGGGGCUUACUGUGCUGUCUCGUGCGCCAAGCUAACUAAUGUUCCUGAAGAAGAAAUGAAUAAGCUAUUUGCUGGCACUGCUGAUUGGAUAGCAAGUUGUCAGACAUACGAAGGUGGGUUUGGAGGAGCACCCGACUUGGAAGCACAUGGUGGUUAUACAUUUUGUGCGAUAUCUGCAUUGGCUAUGUUGAAUGAGGGCAGUAAAUGUGAUACAGAAUUGCUUUUGAGAUGGGCCCUUGGACGACAAAUGCCUUAUGAAGGUGGCUUUCAAGGAAGAACUAAUAAAUUGGUAGAUGGUUGUUAUUCUUUCUGGGUUGGUGCUAUUUUUCCAAUUGUUGAAGCAAUUAUAUCAAAAGAAGGACAUCCUAUUAAAAAAUCACUUUUUGAUGCUGGCGCUUUGCAAGAAUAUAUUCUUUUAUGCUGCCAGAAGCCAAAUGGUGGACUGAUAGAUAAGCCUGGCAAACCACAAGAUCUCUAUCACACGUGUUAUACUCUAAGUGGUGUUUCAAUAGCUCAACACUGCGAAUCAACACUUUGCCCACUUAUACUUGGUGAUCCUUGCAAUGAACUGCUCCCUACCCACCCACUUUUUAACGUUCCACCUUUGUGUGUCACAAAAUCACUUCAAUAUUUCGCCGACUACAAUUCAAGACCAACCAGUGUAGAUCGCUCAGGUCGAUCUGAAUCAGCUGACAGUACGUCCAAAUCAAAGAAUGACGGAGAAACACCCUACGAAUCGGAAGACAAUGCUGAAAACAAUUCAACAACACCAUCGUCUGUUAGUUCGUAUUGAGAACCAAAUUAAAAUAGCAAUACACAAUUUAAGGAAAACAAAAACAAACAAACAAAAAAAAAAACGAAAUGAAAAUGAAAAUCCUAUACAUACACUUAAGAAGAAGAAAAACAGUUAACUGUACCUGCUGUUUAUAUUUCCCACGACUGUCAUUGUUUUCCCACAAAGUGAUCAACGCCGUCGUUGUCGUCGUGUCGUCUUGAGAGAGCAGCAGAUCUGUUUUAUAAUAUUAUUUAUUGUUUAAAACAAAAUAAGAGAAAAAUAAGAUUCUUGAGACUGUGUUGCGCCUGGAUAAAUUAUUAAUGAAAAAUAUAUAUUUUAUGUAAAACUUUCCAAGAUCUAUUAAAUCAAAAGCAAAUUUUUUUAUGGAAAAAUUUAAAAUAAAAUUUUGCGAUAGCUUUAUCCAUGAUACUUUA